UAUUGAAUCGCAGCAGAUCGUUUAACUGUAAUUAGUUAAAAUACCAGAGUGAUUGUUAUCUAAUACAAAUUCGUAUUUUACGCAUUACGCACGAUCCAGAAGUCCAUGAUCUGCACUUUGACCUGCUUUCAUUAGACAUGACUCCUGAGUUGAACUUUGAGCAGACGUAUUGGAGCAGCAGCAUUGUGUCAUCACAGAUCAAAAGCCAACAGGGUGACACUCCUUUUAAUUACCUCUCUUCCACGGCGGCAGUGGAGAGGACACUAGCACGUCUCCCUUCACAGCCAGGCGUGUUUAGCUGGGAAUAUUUCUAUCUGGACAAUUCUUUCUAAAACAGGUCAAACAGUGAGUUUUCAGCCAUGAGGCCGCCGGUGGAAGUCUGUGUGGUGAUCAUUUCCCUCUUGGCUCCUGGAGUUUUGUACGCCAUGAACAACAUCCCUGCGCUUCAGGAACCUCUUCCUAUCCUGGGAAUGGGAAUGGUGGUCCUGGGGCUUGUUCUCCUCCUCCUCCUCCUCACUGUGCGAGGCAAGAAGAACGUGGACCCUUUAUUUUAUGUAUUUGCAGAGUUUUCCUUCACCUGCAUGGUGGGCCUGAUGAACGCUUUGGAGCAGGACGGCUUCAUCUCCGGCUUCAUGAGCUUCUACCUGAGGGCGGGUGAGCCUCAUCUCAGUGCGGCCUACGCUCUGAUGAUGUCAUACUGGGAAGGCGUCGUUCACUUGGUCCUCUUCCUCACCAUCAUCCACCGCAUGUUCAGAGGGAAGUCGUAUCGUAGCCUGGGGCUGCUGUGGGCGGGCUCUUCAAUCGCCCAUCAAAUUGUUCACAUCCCAGGAGUGGUCAUCGGUAAAUACGGGUCCAACAUCCGACCUGCUUUUUGGAGGAACGUCCCCUUCUUUUUGGUGCCUUUCUGGGCAGCCUCCCUGCUCUUCAGCCGACCCAGAGAGAUGCCAGUCGUCACAGCAGAUAAGAUUUCAGUGGAGCAGAAGAAAGGUCUGCUGUCUCGACCUGUUGACCUACUUCUGUCUCUCCUGUUACUCGGAGCGAUGGCCUUCUCUGUCUUCAGAGGCUUUGUGGUACUGGACUGUCCUCUGGACGCAUGUUUCACCUACAUCUACCAGUACGAGCCUUACCUCAAAGACCCAGUCGGCUUUCCCAGAGUCAUGAUGCUGGUGUAUUUUUUCUACACUCUGCCCCUGCUGACUGUUUUCAUCUAUGGUCUGAGAACCCCUGGAUGCAGCUGGAUGUUGGACUGGACCAUCUUUUUCGCAGGUGCCAUGGCUCAGACCCAGUGGUGCCAUAUCGGAGCAUCUCUGCACUCCCGCACUCCCUUCACGUACCGUGUCCCAGCAGACAAAUGGUGGCCCGUUAUCACUCUCAACGUGCUGCUGGCUGCUGUGCCGGCUCUGCUGGCCCUCCGCUGCCGCGCCAACCCCGCUUAUUUCAUGAAACCUGUUCCCAAGGGACAGACCAGCAAGGAGAAGAAGAAAAACUAGACCACACACCAACCACAGACUGUGGAGGAAUACUUCAUGCUGUGACAAGGCUAAUGUUUUCAGGCGACUCUCUUUGGCACACAAACUGCAUUAAACACACAUUUCUUUUUCAAACCUUAAACCCAGAGGAAAUCUAAAAACGUUAAACUCUGAGUCGGUUGUUCGGCAGCAGCAGCAGCAGCACUCCCUGCAUGGACUAUUGGACCCUGAUAAGACAGCUGUUGAUGGAGUCGAGGACUGUGAUCAGCUUUCAGGUGACUCAGGCAGAAACCCAAUUGGUAUCUUCUCAAACUGAGAUUAUUAACCUGGAGCACAGUUUGGCAACACACUACUGACACACAACUCCACAGUGUGAUGUGCAAUUUCACUGAUCUGAAAUUAACAGUCAGUGAAACGAUUACAGCUUUUAUUGUAUAAAAACUGUGAAUAUCAGAAGAAGAUUCACUGAGUUCUUAAAAGGCUGAAGAGUCGCUGAUAAGGGAGAUAAUAGCUGAUGCUAUUCAAGUGGAGAAUUUGAUGAAGAAAAAAAGGCCACUUGGUGCUUUAUAUUGUGUAAAAUACCAAACCAACAGCUCAAAACCCAAAGAUUUCAGUUUUCAAAUCAUAUAAAUGGUGGACAAAUAGUUCAGUCCAUCAACUAAUCAGUUAAUUAAUUUCAGCUCUAGUCGUGACUGCAUCUCUGAGUGGUUUUCUGUGUUUCAUGUUCCACUUUAUUUUGUACAAUAAAAACAAAUGGAGCAGAGAAUU